GGCGGAGUUUUACAUUUAAAACUGGAAAGCUAGCUAGCCUAUUAAGGCAUGUUUGUAGCUUUAUGCCCGUUGCGAAUGAUUCUAUAUUAAAUUUGGAGCAAUAAAAAUUAGAUUAGGGUUGAAAUCGAGGCAUGAAUAUGAACCACUUUCACUGCAGAGCGCUUACCAAAUGUACAGGACUAAAUUCUUCCGUUAAUUUUGUUUCUACAAUAGAUUUCAUGUCCGCCAUCUUGGUUUUUGAUGCUUUGGUCAGCGUGUAUGUGAGACACUCGGGUAAUACUUGAAGAAAGAUACCACGAAGAGAGUUCAAAUCAAAACAUACAUAACUCAUAAAAUAUUAUUUUACAAAUUUUGCUCCUUCAAAGUCGGCUGAAAUUUAAAGCAUUUUAUCAUGGGAAAAAGACAGCAUCAAAAGGAUAAACUGUAAGUUUAGUAGAGAAGAUAUAUGAGUAAUAAUUAAAUGCAUUUGUGUCUAAAUGACAUCUUUAAUGGCUCGUUGUUUAUACGUCUUUAAUAUAAAUGUGAAAGUUUCUGAUAUUUGUGCGGCUGGAUAUAUAUAAAACUAUUAUGGUUCUUGUCUACUAGAUACAUUACAAACAAGGAAUGGAAGACUGAGUGGGGAGGAAAAGAGUCUGGUAUUAAUUAAAAUACUUACAUGUAAAUUAUAAUUUGCUUGAUAAUUUGUCUGUGUAAAUUGUAAAAAGACAACUACCAGACUGUAAAGUGUGGUUCCCCGCGCAGAAAAUUUAGCUGAGACUCCAAAUUUUUAAAAUUUUUUCAAAUGUUCUGCCUUCAUUUCCGCGCAACUGCCAUUUACGACGAAAAGUUCUCAGCGCAAAAAUAAUACUUUACAGUCUGGCACAACUAUCUGCAUAGGUCAUCCUAUUCCGACACAGACAUGCUUGUGUGUGUAGACAAUCGGUCCACAUGUACACAGCAAUACUUAGAUUAGCUAGCAGGAAAACCGAUGCUUUGUAAUAAUUUUUAUUAAUUUUUGUAGGUAGUGAUGUUGGUGCCAAAGCUGCCUUCAGAAGAUUGCCAUUUUACUGUUGCAGGUUAGUUGCUUUAAAUUACAACACAAUGGGUAAAAGGGUAUUAAUUAAAAUUAAUUCAUUAGUAUGCUAAUUAAUUAACUUGUUAGUAUGCUGAUUAACUUGUUAGUGUACUGAUUAACUUUUUAGUGUACUGAUUAACUUGUUAGUCUGCUGAUCAACUCAUUAGUGUGCUAAUUAAUUAACUUGUCAGUGUGCCAAUUAACUUGUUAUUAUGCUGAUGAACUCAUUAAUGUGCUGAUGAACUUGUUAGUGUGCUGAUGAACUCGUUAGUGUGCAGAUUAACUCGUUAGUGUGCUGAUUAACUCAUUAGUGUACUGAUUAACUUGUUAGUCUGCUGAUUAACUCAUUAGUGUGCUAAUUGACUCAUUAGCAUGCUCAUUAACUUGUUAGUGUGCCUAUUAACUUGUUAUUAUGCUGAUGAACUCAUUAAUGUGCUGAUGAACUUGUUAGUGUGCUGAUGAACUCGUUAGUGUGCAGAUUAACUCUUUAGUGUGCUGAUAACUUGUCAGUGUGCUGAUUAACUCAUUUGUGUGCUGAUAACUUGUUAGUGUGCUGAUUAACUCAUUAGUGUGCUCAUUAACUUGUUAGUAUGUUGAUUAACUUGUCAGUGUGCUAAUUAACUCAUUCAUGCACUCCUCUUGAUGAGCAAAAUAGUCUGAUGUUAGAAGGAGUAAAAUAAUAAUAAAGUCUUUAAUUAUUAUACUAAUUAAUUAAUAAUUAAUUUUUAUAGCAAACAUGUUUAUAUGUGUCUAAGUAAUAUAAUAAUAUUAUACAUCUUUUAUAGUUUGUCACUUCAACCAUUUGCUAAUCCAUAUUGUACAAAAGAAGGUGUUGUUUUUGAUCUUCUGUGAGUAUCAUCAAAUUAUUUCUACCGAGUGUUAUUACUACUAUAUGUAGCAGGUCAUGGAUUUGGUAUUUUUUAUCGUUUAUAUCUUAUUCAAUCAUUAUCUAUGUUUAGGAGUAUUGUUCCAUUUAUAAAGAAGUUUGGCAAAAACCCUGUGACUGGAGAGGUAAGUACUGUUUACCAUCAGGUUCUCUGAUCAUCUAUUGGCAUUGCAUGCUACUUUCUUAUUUUACCCUGUCUAAAUGCCAGACAAUAUUACUCGUCAAGGGCAAAGUGGUGGUGGUUAAGACCAUGUUUACAUUAUGACACUACGGCUAACGCUCUGUUAAAAAUUUACUACGUUUCUAGUAUUGAGACUAUAUUGUGUUUACACUAUAACAGAGUGGUUUGCCGUACCGUACUAACUACGGACCACUACAUUUGCCACUCUGAAUACAAAUCAAUUUCGUUAAAAAUUUGCCACGUUUCUUAGUAUUGUGUUUACACUAUAACGGAGUGGUUUGCCGUAGUAUAUUAACUACAGACCACUAUGUUUGGCACUCCGGAUGCAAAACACUGCGCUAUGGUAAAUUUGCCGUAGCAUCAUAGUGUAAACACGGCCUAAGCUACGUUUACACAACGAUUAAUCAGGCCGAUUUCAGGUUUUGUCGAAUGUUAAUGAUGAAUGCUGUCUGUUGAUGAUGUUGUCAGAUGAUGUUGACAGUGUAUUUUUCAAAUAUUGUUUACUUAAAGCUGAAUCGACCCGAUUAAUCAUUGUGUGUAAAUCUAAACAUACCUUUAAUCAAGACUGCCCAUGUGUCUUGUCUAACAUAUUAGACGGAGUAAGGUAUCAAGAAGUGUGCAUUCUAUCUUAAUAGCAGAGGUUAACAAAUUAAUAUUGUCCUUCAUUUGUUGUAAUAUUUACAAUAUAUUUUUAUUGUUUUAUCUUUCUAGCCUUUGGAAAUGAAAAAUUUGAUCAAAUUGAAUUUUCACAAAAAUAAUGAAGGUAAGACAUACUGGUUCAUGAGCUUAUCACCAUCUGAUUCUUUUGCCAAUAGUGCUGACUGGUGGAUCUAGGUGCAUGUAGAGGGAUACAUGUACUCCUGAAACUUUUGACCCACCCUCCAGAAAAGUCAUCAUUAAAGACAUUAAUUGUCUAAUAAUCAUUACAGUCAAAUCUGGUGUUCCGUUGCCAGCAACAAUGCAAUAUUGUCACGCAUCACUCUAGCAAAUUGCAACUGACGUGAACAAAUUGUAAUUUUUUACGUGUUGACAAUUUGUCGAGAGGUGCGCCCAAAUGUCAGAUACCAGCAUUUGAUUGGCUUGUUUGUACUAGUCCAAUCAGACUUCAUUUACAAACUUGCUUCGAAUCAUAUUAUGAACUUUUGAAUUUUGCAGUUGAUGGUUUAAUAUUGUUACUGUAUGUAAAAAUUGCAAUUUGUUUGUGUUGGUUGCAAUUUGCUAGAGCAAUCAGCCAAUCAUUAUUGCAUGACAAUAUUGCAAUGUUGUUUCACAAAUUCCUUUCUUCAUUACUUCUUUAAAAUUCAUUCAUUCUAAACAAAGACGAAGGACUUUGCGAAACAGCGAAAGUCUACCCACAACAGAACACCGGAUUUGACUGUAAUUGUCUAAUAAUCAAUUGAUUGUCUAAUAAUCAUUUCUGUAGAUAAACAUCACUGUCCUGUGACAUAUAAGGUUUUCACCCAGAACAGUCACAUUGUUGCUGUGAAAACAACUGGAAAUGUUUUUGCAUAUGAGGUAUAGUGCACAUGAAAUGAUUGAGAGACAUGAUCGAAUAAUGAUCAUUUGUGUAAUGGCAGACCUCUCAACUCUCACGCUUUUGGCAUGAGUCUCACACAAUUUGCUUCACUCUCACGCUACUGUAUGUACGUUUAGUAAAUCUCACGCAUAUAGCAGUUUCAUAGUAUUUUUUCAAUAAUAUAAUAUUGUAUUCUUAAAUGCACAUUAUUAUUCAUUAUACGGAUCGCGAAUCGAAUAUAUAAUCGUGUGUUAUUCAUGUUUGGAUGUUCCUGCAUAUACGGCUCGACAUUUCGCCCGCAAUUUGGAUACAAAAUUGUACGCAUAAAUUAUGUAAAUACGGUUGACAAAAGGCAGAAUCAGUCGGAGCAAAAUUCUAUAUGUAAAUUAUCAAAGGCUGAAUUAAAGCUCAUUACUGUAUAUGUAGCAGAAAUACAGUUAUUGUGACUAAAGUGCCUUGUCUUAAAGUACGUUAUGAAGCAAUGUAUUUCAUUAAAAAACACCAACUCUCAUAAUGUACGAAAUGCCAUUUCAGACCCCCAGCCCCGGACUGUUACAAAGGUGUCAUCCACAUCCCCAAUCCAGUGAACUCUAUAUAUAUAUAUCUGGAAUGAUAACAGCGAGCGAAAAGUGAAGCCGACAAAAAAAUCACGACAUAAGUAUUCGUCAUUGUCUUCGUCAUCAACUGUUCAAGAACUUUCUUACAGUAUUAAAAAUCACUUACAUAUCUUUCCUUGUGCAUCCAGAACGACAGUACGACACAAUAUAUUUGAAAAAGUGAUUCUUUUCUCCACCCGGGGAAGUUUUCCUCGACUUUUUUCCGACAGGGAACUCAAUGCAGUAAAUUUUAGGAGCAAAACAGUUUGCUCCUAAAAUGUAUUGCAUUGAGUUGGCCAUGUUUUUAAUUUUUUUUCGUGAUUGCGUUCAAAUUUAUACUUUUGAAGAGGGGGAAUGAAACUGACGUCCAAUCCGCGUAAACCUGACGUUUGAGGGACUGAGACUGACGUCCAAUCCGCGUGAAAGACUGGUAUCGAAGCUUCAUUGUUUUCACAAUCAAAUGACUGAAUGUUAUCGUUCCAGAUAUAUAUAUAUAUAGAGUUCACUGCCCCAAUCUCACUCUUAACUUCUCUGCAAAGUUGAGAGGUCUGGUAAUGGUUGUGGGAAUACAACUCAGAUAAAUUACAGUAUAUAAGGUGGUGGUGCUAUUCCAGGAUGGAAUCACUGGGAUUAAUAUCAUCUAAGUGUUAUUUUCUGCAGGCUGAGGAGGUUUUUCUCACACACUGCUGGGGGACUGGGUCUAGGGUGGGGUCAAGGUCGUCAUGCAGAGUCACUUUUUUGCUAAUGCCUCGUGCUAGCCUGACCUGUGUCCCAGCCAGCCACCGGCCACCCUACCUGAGCUAUUAUGUAGUUGCAGUCGGUGCCAACUAUAAUUGGGUUUAGUCUGGUUUUCACUUGUUUCCAUCCACCAAACUAAUGUUACAUCAUUUGAUCAAUUUCUAAAGUUGUUUCUUUUUGGAUUUUUUUAUUAAUUUGGUUAGAGUUAGGGUUGCGGUUAGGGUUAGUGAUUAGAGUAGGGGUAGGGGUAGGAUUUGGGUUAGUUACAUAGCCAUUUAACACCCCUUCAAUCUUCCGAAAAUGACGUCAUGUCAGUUUGGUAGAUGGAAACAAGUGCUCAGUGACAUGUGAAAAUUAGUUUAAUGAGAUGCAGUAAUUUGUACCGAUCCAUUUAUUGUAAAUACGAGAUUUUUGUUCAUUAAAAGUCAGGCUGCGCUUGCAUGUGCAACAUCCCUCAGCAGUUUGUGAGAAAGUAAUUUGUUGUUGCAAUUACAGGCUGUGGAACAGUUAAACAUCAAGCCAAGAAAUUUUAAAGAUCUCUUGACUGAUGAACCAUUCACACGCAAAGAUAUUGUUACUAUACAAGUAAAUACGUUAUCAAUAAUUAUGUAUAUUUGAUGUUUUUAAUUUAUUUUUACAGUAAUUAUGUAACUAUACUGAAACUGCAAUUUCUUGUCUUGGCUGUAUAUUGUUUUUAUAUAUUUUUCACAGGAUCCAACCAAUCUUGACAAAUUUAAUCUUGCCUCAUUUCAUCAUCUCAAAAACAACUUGACUGUUGUGGAUGAAGGUAAUUUAACCACUAUAUUAUUUUACACUGUCUUACACCAGACGAUUUUACUUGUCAAAGGAGAGCGCUGACACUCAAUGAGUUAAUCGGUUUGUGGAAAACACCAUAUUUUAAUUCUCCAGGGAUGGAGAUCAAAAGCUUUGGGAAUAAAGAAAAGUAAUGUUUUCAACAAAACCAAGUUAUGAAUGUACUCUAUGUAGUCAAUACAAUAUUUAAGAAUUUGUGCUUUUUUGUGGGAAGAAGUUAUUUCACUGAUCUCAGAAUGACAUUUCGUCAAAAAAAUUUUCCUCAAGAUUGGGUUAGAAACAAACUUGGAGUAGGGUUAGGAGUAGCCAGUAGGGUUAGGAUUACGGUUAGAGUUGGUGUUUGGAAUAGGGUUAGUGUUAGUAAAACCGUUGCUUUGUUACGUUUUGUCACUCUAAGGCCAGCGAAAUAACUUCUUACGAAUUUGUGCCCAGAGAGACAGCAAUAUAUCUUUCAGUAGUUCCAAUGUCUUAAAAGUUUUGUUUUAUUUUAUUUCCCAGGAGAGGCAAAGGCGAAGAAAGAUCCAAUGUACUACAUAAGAAAAACCAAUACGGAAACUGACAGCAUUUUGAGUGAACUACAUCAAACUUACAAAGAACCUGUGAGUGAUCGAAAUGAUUCAUCGUAUACACAAAAAGCAAAAAAUGUAACUGAAGCAUGCUCAAUUAAUAUUCAAACACAAGCUACCGUAAUGAUAACCUAUACAUUAUAAUAUUUCUAACUUUAAAAUAAUCGUGUUACUUUAAUUUGUAGGAGAAAGACUCUGGUGCCAGUACAUCAAAAGCUGAUGCAAGGAAUGCUGUAAGUAUGAUUGGUUGUUUUUACAAAGCCCUAUCUACACUGGGUCAUUUGUGUGACUAUAAUAGACCUUUCCCCUUAUGAGUGAAAUUUUGAUCUAGACAAGCCUGGACAAAAAUUUCAUCACAGCUUGAAAGAGCAUCACAAAAUUAGUAAUAUUCCGAAGUUUCGUUGCGAAAUGUUGUAAAAUGCGGAUAAUAUACUGUAGCCUUGCGAAGUUUGCCGUUUUUCAGUCAUUUUGUAUUACAAAUGGGAAAUUGGUAAUCAGUUUGAAAAUGACUGUAAAACGGCAAAUUUCGCAAGGCUAUAUUAUCCGCAUUUUACAACAUUUCGCAACGAAACUUCGGAAUAUUACUAAUUUUAUGAUGCUCUUUCAAGCUGUGAUGAAAUUUUUGUCCAGGCUUGUCUAGAUCAAAAUUUCACUCAUAAGGGGAAAGGUCUAUUAAUGACCUAGCCUGUGUUCCAGACUCCAGUCCACUACAACGGCUAUAAUGACCAGGGCCACAUUUGAAACACACAACGUUUCUUCAUGUUUAGGCUCCUUACUCGACUGGCAUGAUGGGAGCUUCUUUGACAUCAACUGCUCGAAUUCCUGUGACAAAACAAGAAGCAGGUGAAUAUUUUGUUUCCACUUUCUCACUAGCGUCUGUGGGCAUGUUAAACAAAUUGUUAGGACACUAACCACUAUAGUUUUCUGCAUAUUUUCACAGCCAUUAUUGAUGAGGACGUCUUACGCUACAGAGAAGUGAAGAAGAAAGGUAAAUAUAACAGGAACUUAACUUUGGUGGAAGUUUUUAUUUAUUUUUAUUUUAAACAAUCUUUUGUGAGGAAGCCUUAUCAUCAGGGAUGGUUUUCAUAAGGGUCCUCAAAUAAGAAGGAAAUAAUUAUUUACAUAAAAUACUGACUAUAAUUAUUGCUAUCUACUCCAAACAAAAUACAGCAUGCAACAAGAUAAUGAAAAAAAAAUUAAUAAUUAAUUAGAAAUCCUAAGAAAGUUCAAAAAGUUAAUUAAAUGGUCAAUUAAGUCCACGCUUAAAACACUAAGAUAACACGUUAUUCAUUACAUACUGAGACAUAUUUGUUUUUAAAAGCUAAAAAGCUACUAGAAUCUUUAACAAAUGGCGGAAGAUUAUUCCAUUCAUUAAAAAACAUAUAGUGCGAUGUUUGUUGUCCCCAAUUGGUUCUACAAAGGGGGAGUCUUACUAACUGUUUAUUUCUUGUAUCAUGACAGUGUAAAUCACUUCCUUUAAUUUCUUCCAUAAUAAAGUCGACAUUAUUGUUCAAGGCUUUAUAAACAAAACUACAUUUGUGGAAUUGUCUUCUAUACGACAAAGGAUACCACUUCAACAUUGUUAAAGCCUGGCUACUAGAAGAAUCGAUUUGUAGAUCCAACACAGACUUUGCAGUUUUAUUAUGAAGAAUUUGCAGAUCAUUCAUCAGCGAUACAUUAUUUUUGUCACCCCAGACUAAAUCACCAUAAUCGAGAACAGGCAAAAUUAAGCUGUUUACCACCAAAAGCCUCAAGUUUCAAAUAACUUGAGGCUCUUUUACCUCAGAUUUGCAAACCAUGGUACUCGUUGUUCUGUACGAAGGCCAGCUAGUGCUAUCCUGAUACUUUCAACCUUUGUAAAAAUACUUCAAAACCUUUAAAACUACAAAUAUGGAACCCGGAAAUAUAUAAAAAGAUGCUUUAACUUAUAAAUGCUAAAGUUUAAUCUGGAUUAUCUUUUAAUAUAGCAGAAGUUUAGAGUUGAGUUUAGAAGUUUAGAGUUUAUUUACAACUUUCCGAUUUUUAUUUUUCCAUCAACAGGCUAUGUUCGUCUAUCAACAAGCAUGGGAGACUUGAAUUUGGAACUUCAUUGUGAAAUGGUAAGUUAAUUUCUACAAGGGUUUGUAAUCCAAGUGAGUAUAUAUACAUUUUAAGACCUGACCAGGAACGACUGCGAAAAAUGCAGCACAAAGUCCUCUGGUAGGAAUUGAACCUACGGCCCUGCGAUCCCGGUGCAGCGCUCUAACCAACUGAGCUACAGAGGCCAGCUGUUGAGCUGUAACCGUAAGUCCAUGUAUAUAUAGGUGAUCGGGUGUGCGGGUCGUGAUAAGGUGGACUUCAAUGAUCUUGUUUCUUGCACUUCACCUGGUGGAAUUAAUAUUAGAAUGCUGGUUUUAGGGUUAGUAGUUAGCAACUACCUGAAAAAUUUAAGGAGAAUUUCGACGUUUCGAGCGAAGGCCCUUCGUCUGGAGUUACUCAAGCUAAUUUCUUGCUGUUUGGUAACAAUGGAUGCAACUACCUGAAAAUAUAAGGAGAAUUUCGGAUGGAUGCAACUGGAUGCAACUACCUGAAAACUGACAACUGGAUGCAACUACCUGAAACUGGAUGCAACUACCUGAAACUGGAUGCAACUACCUGAAACUGGAUGCAACUACCUGAAACUGGAUGCAACUACUUGAAACUGGAUGCAACUACCUGAAACUGGAUGCAACUACCUGAAAGUGGAUGCAACUACCUGAAACUGGAUGCAACUACCUGAAACUGGAUGCAACUACCUGAAACUGGAUGCAACUACUUGAAACUGGAUGCAACUACCUGAAACUGGAUGCAACUACCUGAAAAAUGACAACUGGAUGCAACUACCUGAAACUGGAUGCAACUACCUGAAAUGAAACUGGAUGCAACUACCUGAAACUGGAUGCAACUACCUGAAACAACUGGAUGCAACUACCUGAAACUGGAUGCAACUACCUGAAACUGGAUGCAACUACCUGAAACUGGAUGCAACUACCUGAAACUGGAUGCAACUACCUAUGACAACUGGAUGCAACUACCUGAAAAAUAUAAGGAGAAUUUCGACGUUUCGAGCGAAGGCCCUUCGUCUGGAGUUACUCAAGCUAAUUUCUUGCUGUUUGGUAACAAUGUCAGUCAUCCUUCAGGACAGGAAAAAAGAAUUCUUCCGGAAGCACAACCUGGAUCCAAGAAUUUCCUGCAGACCAACGGAGUGACCAUGGUUUUAAAUUCAAGGGAUAAUGCAUGUCUGUUGUUGUCAACCAUAUGUUGUUGCGCCCAUAGUGGGAGAUGGGUGUUAAGGUCUCCUUCAAAUUUUCAAUAGCAAAUCUUCAUUCGAACGAAUUUAUUGCAGCUGUUUAACAUUUCCUGCGAGCAGUGCUCACGUGCUCGCCUAUUUUUCCACCCCUGUUCAUCCUUAUUUGUGCACUGUGACGCUUUUCUGUGUUGUGCAGUACAGUUCUUAGAAUAUGACUAUUUUGUUUGUAGGUUCCCAAAACAUGCGAGAACUUCUUAAAACACUGUGCUUCUGGUUACUACAACAACACUAGUAAGUAGAACAUUGGCAUUUUUAAAUUGUGGAUUUUCAAUACAAACUGAUAUUAUUUAAAUCUUAAUUUUUACUCUAGCCUUUCACCGUUCAAUUCGCAACUUUAUGGUAAGUCUAGUGUAUGUUUAAGGUAUUGGCCCUUUCCCAAAAGAGAUCACAGUGCAUUCCGGGAUCGUUUGGAGGGACAAAAUAUAAGGGGACUGGCGUCAAAUAUGUGAAAGAGUAGAAGUGUCUACCAUCAAGUAUCAACUUUUUACACGACUAAAAAUGAAAUAUCUCCUUUUUACAUUGAACAUUUAAUUUAAAUGUGUGCUGCGAUAUUUCUUGUCCCACCAACAAGGGAUUCGCGCGACUAGACCCAGGACUUUGGGAAAUGGUUAAUUGUCUGUGCCAGUGUAGGUAAUGCCAAUAAUAAGAAAGCUAUGGAUAGAUUAGGGAUACAUGCUGAAAAAUACAAGGAGAACUUCGGGUAGUUGUAUCCCUAUCCAUUCCCAGCUCUUCCUAAGGUACACUUUCCUGUCAAUAUUCAUUACAAAUGUUAUUAUAUACUCACCAACAUGACUGUAUGUCUACAGCUACUCCAGUCUUAUAUUCUAUAUGAUUGGACUAGCUCUGUUGUAUAAAAUACAGUUUUGAAACUAAUAAAUAAAAUAUAUGAAUGAAAAAUUGAUUUUUCGCAUAUAGAUACAAGGCGGUGAUCCAACUGGAACGGGUAGAGGUUCGUUUUUAUAAUUAUACCUAAUAAGUGUUCAAAAUGUUUUACAAGUUUUUUUUAAAAGUUUUUUUUUAAAGUUUUUUUUUAAAGUUCUUUUGUGCAAUGUCCAAUGACUACAAUCAAACACGCUAUAAGUGGUCUUUCAUUUUGUCUUGCGUUUCUCCUGCAGGUGGGGAGUCGGCAUGGGGACCAGCAUUUAAAGAUGAAUUUAAACCAAAUUUAACUCACACAGGUCUGAAAAUUUCAACAAAUCAUUAUGUGUUUUUAUUGUUUAAGACGUUGGAAUUGGACUUUCAAUUGUAUUUUUCAUGGUUUUAUUUUAGGUCGUGGUAUUUUAAGUAUGGCAAACUCAGGAGCCAACACUAAUAAAUCUCAGUUGUAAGUUUAACUAAUUAUAUUAAAUAAAUGUAUAUCAUUUGGAACAAAGAAAGUCUGCAUAGUUUCGCGAUUAAUUAUUUUGUAUCCUGUCAGGUCUUAAUUCUUCUUUGUUUCCUAGUUUCAUCACCUACCGUUCGUGUCGCCAUCUUGACAACAAACAUUCAGUUUUUGGACGGUGAGUAAAAUUAUGACAAUAUUUGCACAGUUUCAUCAAAUCUCGUACAAUGGUUUUUAAAUUGUUAAAAAAGGUUUUCUAUUCUACCUGUUUCAAAACUGAAGAUAGAGUUAUACUCCGAAACGUUGUGAUAAAACUAAAAAUAAUCAUUUCCUUACCCUAUGGUCUGAUUUAAUACAUUACAUGCAAGCUUAUGGUAGUGAAAUACUGAAAUAUUUCUAUAUUAUUCAUUUAUCUCUAGUGUUGUUGGCGGAAUGGAUACAAUAAAUAAAAUGGAAAAAAUUGAAUGUGAUGAAAAAGAUAGACCAAAGGUAACAAUUUUUUCAGACGAAUCUUCACGAGUUUAUCUCGAAUUGUCUGUAACAUGUGUUGAAAAAAACAACUAAACUUUGUGCAUGGUUAAAAAAAAUUGUAAAUAAUUUCUGAAAAACCCUUUCAGGGAGAAAUUUUAUUAAACAUCUAUCUUAAAAGUUUAAUCCAUUUUGUUUCUCAAGGAAUUGAUCAAAAUAAGUAAUGUGAGUGUUUUUGUCAAUCCAUUUGAAGAAGUUGAUGAAAAGGUGAGUUUUCAUUGUUGUGAUGAAUGGAUUAUAUUCCUUAUUGCUGCAGUGAAACAACAGGAGAGAACUGAAGGACCCGGGGAAAAUCAGUGGUUUUGGUAGAGUCAAUCUUCUUGAAAGCAAAGUUAAAACGUGUAUGUUUUUUUAGUUGAAAGCAGAAAAAGAGAAAGAAGAGGAAGAGAAAAAACGAGCGGCUGAGGUAAGGAUGAAAUGAAGCAACCAUGAUGAACCAUAGUUUGUGGCUGAACCACCUGAGAAAGUUUAAAAGCUUCGACGUUUUGAGCGAAGUCCCUUCGUGAUGACGUAAGUAGUAUUAGAUCUUAGAAGUGCUUACGUCACGCAAUUUUUAAACAAAAGCAGUGAGCUCCAUCUAUAUCUGGAGCGAGAACUCGAGUCCAAAAAGUGAAGCCAGUUUACGGCUUUCAGAGCUAUUGGACGUGAAUGGCCGCCAUCUUGGCUUCACUUUUCUCAUUGACCGAAUGACUGAACUUCUCGCCCCGGAUAUAUAUGAAGCUAAGUUCUGUACAGAAAAAUGCACAUUGCAUUGUGGGACACUCCUGGGUCAAUAAUUCAUUGUUUGAAAAUGACGUGACGUAUAAGCACUUCUAAGGUCGUGAUUACAGGCUUUUCUGACGAAGGCGGAAGGGACGUCGCUUAAUACAUCGUCAUCGAAGUGUUUUUAAUGAGGUUUUUCAUGGCACAAUAACUAAUCAUGAAAAUCAUGCGGCCAAAAAAAAAUGUGGGUUCCUAUUUCUUCUUGUAAAAACUUGGGUAGGGUAGGUUGGUUUUAACUUUUUUUUUUGAACUUUUUUUUUAAUUUUCCUAACAACCGGACGCCAUUUUGUUUAGUGAGUGCUUCCACAUUCAAAAACAAAUUUCCCUAAUAUUGCCUAAAAUUUCCGUUUUUCACAAACGUUUUCCUCUAAGUGGAAACACUUACAAACAUGAUCCAGUAAAAAAGUUUAGGGUCGGCAUUUCGGCGUCCAAAAGCUAGGUAGGGUCGGGAAACCGGAAACCCACAUAUUUUUUUUUGGCCUGGCAGCUGAAAGUCAGUUUCGAAGGUAGUGAGUACUAGUGACAUACUACUCUUUUGAGAGCCACUCUUAUUUAGCUAGUGAAAGCCUCAAUAAAUAUGGGUGUUCAUUCAUUCGCUACCAUGUUGCAGGAGGAAAGAAAACAAAAUACAACCUCUGCCUUGGAAACUGAAAUGAAAGUUCAUCGAUCAGGAGUUGGGAAAUAUAUACCAAAAGUAUCUAGGUAAUCCAUCAAGCCACGCUAAUGUCGACUAUACUGUUUUAAUAAUAGCGAACUUAAUUAAGAUGUAGGAAAUCUAGUACGAGGACCUGACAAAAAACACACCCUAAAUUCUCAGUGUCAGCAACACGGGUAAAAAAUGUGCAUUUGUUUUGUCAACAAAGAAGGAUACAGGUGAAAAAUAAAUUUAAACUGGUGACAAAUCCAAACGAAAAGUAUAAGUAACUGUCUUUUUGUCACAUCCGCGUACCAGAUUUAGCUCAUCUUAAGUUCACUUUUCUCUCUCGAAUGCGAGACGAUUUUACUCAAGAAAAUGUUGAAGAUGAAAAUAUUGGAGAUGAAUGCGUGAAUUAUUUUCUUAGAAGUAUGGAAAUCUCCAGUGUGAAUUUAUCAUAGAAAUAUUAGACCUUAUAAAUCGGCCUUGUCCGAGGAGCGGUCUAUAGCGAUUUGUCAUGGGACGAGUUUAAUUUGCCCUUAUAAAUCGCUCAUUUUGAAUAGUUAAUAUUAUAUGGCGUCACUUGUUUAACUGAGAAAGGAUAGAAGCACGCAUUCUAGGUCUAAUCACAAGCAGUUGCGAAAAAUACAACUAUAUAUAAGGCCCUCUGGUAGGAAUAGAAGCCGCGGCCCUUCCAUGCACAAAAUUGAAUGCCCAAAAUCCUGAAAUUAUUUCCUUACAUUUAGUAGCGUUGACGACAGUUCAUCGCAGCCAGCGAAGAAGAAAGCUAAGACAUCAUCUGGUUUUGGUGAUUUCAGUUCAUGGUAGCUGGUGAGUCCUAUCAUAGCCAGUUUCGUCUCACUUCGCAUUUAUAACACAAUGUACGUGGAAUUAUUGGAAAUGCCUUCACACUGAAUUCAUGCGAGAGACAAUCUGUCUGCAAAGACUUCGACAAAGGAAAGAUAAUUCGUCUGUAUACUAGACACAGGGAUUGAACUCAUGCUAGGAUCGUCUACACAAAUGGACCUGUCUUGACAGUUGAUCUUUCUGUCUGAAUCGGGCCAAUAAGCGCGUGUAUAGACAGACCAUAGUUAAUAGAGGCUCAAUUGAGCCUGUUCAAAGAGAGCCUGUUCGCAGGCUAGUCUGACAGAGCAUUAACACACAUUCCAGCUAGUUGAGCGAGCCCGUGUAGAUACAGACGUCAGGCAAAGCUGGACAUUAUUAGGCUGUUAGGGUUUGGGUAAACUUUCUCAUUCAUCAGAUAAACUUAUAUUUUAUUUGAGGAGCCAGUCAGCUUUCUUAGAGGAAAAAGGACAUGUAUUUUAUAGGACAGUAUUGAACGAUUAUUUUACCGUGAGCUCUGUUCAUUAUCUAGCUAUACAAUAUUUAAACAUUUGACAAAUCAUUCAUUGUACCUCUCAACCGAACUAAUGCAGUUUUUAAAUUUAUGUUAUCACUAUCCUCUUGUAACGCGCUUUCCACAUUGUCUAAAAUCUUCUGUAAGUCCACGCGUGUUUCGGGAAUUAUGGCUGAUUCCAAUCGCAUCGUUUGUCUAGCUAGGUCCAACCGUUGUCUGGCUUUCUCUAAUCGUGACGUCAUUUGCAUACCAUCUUUAUUCGUGAUGUAAUCGAUAUGAUCGAUCAGAUCAUUUAAUAUCAUCAGGAUACUGUCUUCGUCUACUAUCUAAACGAAAGGAUUGAUUGAUUAAAUACACAUGGAGUGAACCUCAAGAUUGACACUUGUAGGGCAUGACAUGUAUACACGUAAAAAUCUCACAACUUGUCAACAACAUGUGCUUGCAACAGGCUUGUAGCAAGCUUGUCAACAAGUUGUAACAAUGCUGUUAGUUUAUCAAGUUGCUACAAGGUUGUCACCCAUAACUUGUUGACAAAUUGUUGAAUUGCAAGACGAUACCAAGUUGUUGGAACAACUUGUAACAAGUCCGUUGUGCUCAAUAACCUUGUAGCAAGUUGCCAACAAACCGUUGACAACUUGUCAACAAGCUGGGAACAAGCAGUGCGAAC